UCUUGUUCUGUAAUCCAGGCUAGCCUUGAAAUUGGGACAGUCCUGCCUCCAUCCCUUGUGGCUGGGAUUAUAGAUAUGUCACCAUGCCAGCUUAGACUUAGUCAUUUUGAUUCUUGGUAGUUUAAAAGCCAGAAGAAGGAGAAAUUAAAGCUUUGGAUUUUUGUGUAUUCUUCAUUUCUCCCCAAAAUAUCACUUACUAUGUUCCCUCAGAAACAAAAGUGAUACAUGUUUACUUUAAAAAUACUUAGGAGAACCAGACAGCAGAAAAAAAGCCAAAUUUCCCUGCAAUCUACUCCAGAAACAUUUUGUUGUGUGUCUUUUCAGGCUCCUAUGGAAGUGUAUUUCUUAUCCCACCCAUGGAAUAAUAUGUAAAAGAAGCUGAACAUGGGUAUGCCUCCAUGUUGCCGUACAGUAGCAAGGACAGAGAUGCCUUCAAACGGAGGAACAAGACCAAGAAGAACAGCACCAGUAGCAGAUCAACCCACAAUGAGAUGGAGAAGAACAGGCGUGCUCAUCUCCGCUUGUGCCUAGAGAAGCUGAAGGGCCUGGUGCCGCUCGGCCCUGAGUCAAGCCGACACACCACACUGAGUUUGCUGACGAAAGCCAAACUGCACAUAAAGAAACUUGAAGAUUGUGACAGAAAAGCUGUCCACCAAAUAGACCAGCUUCAGCGAGAGCAGCGGCACCUGAAGCGGCGGCUGGAGAAACUGGGCGCUGAGAGGACUCGGAUGGACAGCGUGGGCUCUGUCGUCUCCUCAGAGCGCUCUGACUCAGACAGAGAAGAGCUGGACGUGGACGUGGACGUGGACGUGGACGUGGACGUGGAGAGCACAGACUACCUCACUGGGGACCUGGGCUGGAGCAGCAGCGUGAGUGACUCGGACGAGCGAGGCAGCAUGCAGAGCCUGGGCAGUGACGAGGGCUAUUCCAGUGCCAGCGUCAAGAGAGCCAAGCUCCAGGAUGGGCACAAGGCAGGUCUUGGGCUAUAGGAGAGGGCCCGCAGGUCCUCUCCACCACACCUGAUUAGGUAGUGUACCAAACCUGCCCAGAUGCCCUUGCACGCAAACCUCACGUACCACCUUGACCAAAAUCAGCUGUCCGUUUUGCAGAAAGCACGUAGGGUUGCGGUUCUGAGUGCGUUCCGUCGGUAGCUUCUCUGUCCCUCCACGUCAGCGCUGAGAGACCGUACAUUCCAGUCCAUUUGAAGAGCCCAAGGACCCUCAGCCCUAAGCAAGUCUCGCCUCUCAGCAGCCCCUGUGACCCGUCCUGCAGCCGGCCAGGCCCUUCUUAGUUUUCUGGCUCAUGAUGGUACUCGCCCAGGAGAGAAGUUCGAGCUUUGUCUGGCACAUAGGAAACCGAAGCAAACGAACUUCUCAAAGGGAACUCAGUCUCAGAAAUCCCAAAGGAAGCUUUGAAAGCAAAACUGAAGAGCACUGAGAAGCCAGGGAUACCUCCAGCAAGCCCUGCUGCGGCCAGCCGCGGUGCCUCAGGGUCCCCGCUUAAGAGCGGGCGCUCAGCAGCUCAGGAGAACAGUGUGCCCCUGCGUGCUGUUCUGGGGGCCUGGCUGUGUGCUGUGUCUCAAGGCACCCCCGCGCCCCAAGUUUGUUGAUGCUACUUGUCUCUGGAACAUUGUCCUACCUCAGAGAUAGCUGAGAUCUCCAUUGUCCACACAACAAAAGUGAUUACGCUUCUUUGUUCCCGGCCACUCCAACCUGUUUUCCCGUUGGACGCCCCAGCAAUAACUGAUUCGCCCUGGCUGAGCUAGUGGCCACUGUCUCUGAGAGAAAGGGGCCACAUUCCUUCUCUGUGGCAAGUGAACAGGAGGGUCCCUGCGUCACCAAAACCUCCUGCUCAGUUAUUUUUGGACACAUCUGGAAGCUUCCUUCUGGAGACUUCUGGGUGAUGGCUUAAAAGGAUGAUUUUUUUUCCCCUUGUGGCAUUUUUAUUUAAGCUAAACCAGAGCACAUGUGUAUGUACAUAAGACACACAAAACCUAUAAAUACUAUUUAUUCAUUUUAUAUAAACUAAUGUAAUGGAAUAUAAAUUCUUAUGACUGCUUUUAUAGAUGUUCUAGAAACUUUGUAUGUAGCUGUCUACAAAUUAGUUCAUUCCCCUGAAUAUUUUUGCAUUUGUAUUUUGAGGUCUGGAUGUUUUCAGCCUUUGGUGAAUCUUUUUCAUUGAGUCUGAACCAUUUGUAAAAUCUGUGCCCUGCUCGGAGCCAAGUCCGUGUCAUGGAGUAAUGGAACAUUCCUGAGAUCCACAGGUGCCACCUAAAGGCUCCAUGGCUCACUUGGCAGCAGGGCAGCUGCACAGUCCCACACCUCUCCUCAGAUCCAAACAGACCCUGGCAGAGAGAGCAGUCCUGACCACACAAGGUCACUCUGUGGUCUGUGGAAGUCAUGGCUUCCUUAAUGAUCCUGAAGUCCUGUUUUUGUGCCCCCCACCCCCUUUGGAGUGUUUCCCAAAUACCAGCUGAAAAUUAGCACAGAACCACAGCUUGGGUCAUUUGCAUUUAUAAAGUCCCUUCCAGAGUCUGAGUGAGUGACGGUGUUCAAGGAGCUGGCCAGGUCUGUCCUUUGUCUAGAAGACACAGCUGUGCCUUGAGGUCCCCUCCAGUCCCCAUGUGCUAGACCCUGAGGGCAUUGUGUCUGCUCACUGCGUCCAAGCCAUCAGAAAGUCAAGGCCAAGGGAGAAGCUUGUGGGCUGCACGGGGCGGGGAGGGGACAAAACCUGUGCACAUGUUCAUUUCACUCAGAAGGUGUCUGAGAGACACCUUUAUUUUCUGUUUUCUUUGUUUCGCCUUUGAGUUAAACUGCUUUUUUUUCCUUUGUACUCUCUUUUUUUUUUUUUUCAAUUGAAAUAUGAAGUGUACUGUCUCAACAUAAAGCAGCAUCAUUUG